GCCAGGUCGCGCGCUUUAAUCUCUAACCCUCCUCAUUCACUUCAAGCUCUCCCACACCUUCCCCCACGGGGUUCCUCACAUUUUCGAGCUUUGCCAUCCUGUCACUCUUUCACAAAGGAUUAGGCAAGCCUCCCCCCGAAAUUAAAUGACUUGACGAAUCUCCAGCCUCGCUCAUCUAUCCUUUCAAUCGAUCUUUUCGGGCGUAUUGCACGACACUCGUCGAGCUUCGAUUCGACUGCGUUCCUCGCUUAUGACCUACUCAUUCUGAUUCGAGAUCACUGCGCGGGCUGAAAAUAUAUCAGCCGGCCACUGGGCCUGGCCGUGAUUACAGUCCUCAUACCUUGACUGCCCCUUCUGAGGGGGCUUGAACGCCGCCAUGGAGCGCAAUAUCGAUAUUUACGCUACCAAGUUGGGCGAUGAGAAGCUGGACAUCAAAGUCCGAGCCAAUGUCGCAACCGAGUUAAGAGACAGCAUUGAGCCACUUUGCCAGGGUGCAAGCUACCCCGUGUUCCUGGCGAAGCUAUGGCCUGUCUUCAAGACCAUACUGAAAGGGGAGCCGGUCUUCUUGAGCAUGUCUUAUGAGCAGAAACUGCGAAACUGCAUACUUGAGACGCUUCAUCGAUUACCGACCGCCUCUCCAGAUGUCGAACCAUACGCUGCGGACAUGGUGGAUGUGUUGAUGGAGCUUGCACGCAUUGAGAACGAGGAAAACGCCGUUCUCUGCAUGAAGACCAUUAUGGACCUGGAGCGCAAUCAGGCAAAGGCUACCGCGGCACGGGUGCAGCCUUUUUUGGAGCUCAUCCAGGAGAUGUUCCAGACCAUGGAUCAGGUAGUUCGGGAUACCUUUGACACCGUUAACCAAGCUACGCCAUCAGGCAUGCCUUCAACACCCAACACGAGCGCACAAAACUUUCAAUCUCCUCGACCAAGUUCCCCUGCCACCUCUGUAUCAGAUCUCGGACCUGACCAGCAGGCAAGCAAUGUCAUCUUGAAGGGAAUGCAAUCAUUCAAGGUUCUGGCCGAAUGUCCUAUUAUCGUGGUUUCAAUCUUCCAGACCCAUCGGAACUCGGUCGCCCAGAACGUGAAACUUUUUGUCCCGCUUAUCAAGUCAAUCUUGCUACUGCAGGCCAAGCCACAAGAGAAGGCACACGCAGAAGCCGCCAGCCAAGGCACGAUAUUCACCGGAGUCUGCAAAGAGAUUAAGAAUCGCGCAGCAUUCGGCGAAUUCAUUACCGCCCAAGUGAAGACAAUGAGCUUCCUGGCUUAUUUGCUUCGCCUUUACGCCCACCAACUCCAAGACUUCCUUCCCACACUGCCGUCGGUUGUUGUUCGUCUUCUCCAAGAUUGCCCCCGAGAGAAGUCUGGUGCAAGAAAAGAGCUGCUUGUUGCCAUUCGACACAUUAUCAACUUCAAUUAUCGGAAGAUAUUUUUGGAAAAGAUUGAUGAACUCCUCGAUGAGCGGACUCUUAUUGGUGAUGGGCUUACGGUCUACGAGACAAUGCGUCCCUUGGCGUAUAGCAUGCUUGCCGAUCUCAUCCACCAUGUUCGGGAGUAUCUCAGCCGUGAUCAAAUCCGUCGCACGGUUGAAGUAUAUACCAAAAAUCUCCAUGAUGACUUCCCCGGCACAAGUUUCCAAACCAUGAGUGCCAAACUGCUCUUGAAUAUGGCGGAGAAGAUCUCCAGGCUGGAGGACAAGCGAGAAGCACGCUAUUUCUUGAUCAUGAUUCUGGACGCGAUUGGCGACAAGUUCGCCUCGAUGAACCACCAGUUUAACAAUGCAGUGAAGGUUUCCAAGGCCUAUAAGGAUUCCAGAAAAGACACGGAACCUUCUACAGAGAACUACCUCGCGGAGAAGGACCAGCCGCCUGACUGGGACGAAAUUGAUAUCUUCUCUGCCUCGCCGAUCAAGACUACCAGCCCUCGCGAUCGUGGCGGUGACCCCGUCUCGGACAAUAUCUUCCUUUUCAGGAAUCUGAUCAACGGUUUGAAGAACAUUUUCCAUCAGUUGAAGAAUUGCAAUCCCGAUGAUAUCCAGAUUGAUGCGAGUAGUGUGCCGAUCAACUGGUCGGAGGUCUCCUAUGGUUACAAUGCGGAAGAGGUUCGGGUGAUCAAGAAGCUCUUCCACGAGGGUGCUCGUGUGUUCCGUUACUAUGGCGUAGACCAGUCUCCCCCUGAGAUGAACUACUCCUCUCCUUUCGAUUUUCUUGCGAGUCAAUACACCGCACCUAUGUCACGAGAAGAGAAAGAGCUCCUGGAGAGCUUUGGUACUGUCUUCCACUGCAUUGAUACUGCGACAUUCCACGAGGUCUUCCAUUCCGAAAUUCCUUACCUGCAUGAGCUUAUGUUUGAGCACGGGGCGCUGCUUCACCUCCCACAAUUUUUCCUCGCCAGUGAAGCAACCUCUCCUGCAUUCUCGGGAAUGGUGUUGCAAUACCUCAUGGAGCGGAUUCACGAGGUUGGAACCUCAGACAUGACGAAGGCGAAGAUCCUACUCAGGAUGUUCAAGCUGUCGUUCAUGGCGGUAACCCUGUUCUCUGUGCAGAAUGAGCAGGUGCUUCACCCUCAUGUGACGAAGAUUGUCACCAAGUGCAUCGAGCUGUCAGUCACGGCCGAGGAGCCGAUGAACUAUUUCCUCCUCCUGCGUUCACUGUUCCGUAGUAUUGGCGGUGGACGCUUUGAGCUUCUGUACAAGGAGAUUCUUCCCCUCCUGGAAAUGCUCCUGGAAACGUUCAAUAAUCUGCUCCUCGCUGCCCGCAAACCCCAGGAGCGGGACCUCUAUGUCGAGUUGACCUUGACGGUCCCCGCACGAUUGAGUCACCUUUUGCCUCAUCUGAGUUACCUCAUGCGGCCGAUUGUGGUGGCCUUGCGUGCUGAUUCCGAUCUCGUUGGGCAAGGUCUUCGCACACUCGAACUCUGCGUGGAUAACCUGACGGCUGACUAUCUCGACCCGAUCAUGGCUCCCAUCAUGGACGAGCUGAUGACUGCGCUUUGGGAUCAUCUUCGACCUCAUCCUUACAACCACUUCCAUGCCCAUACUACCAUGCGCAUCCUGGGCAAGCUGGGUGGACGCAAUCGCAAGUUCUUGAACCACCCACCCGAGCUGUCCUUCCAGCAGUACUCCGAUGAUAACCCGAGCUUUGACAUUCGACUCAUUGGCCCAAGCGAGAAGCGGCCGUUCCCCGUCGAAAUUGGCAUUGACCUGGCCAUUGGUAAGCUCAUGGAAGUACCCAAAACUCCCACGAACCAGGCUUCAGAUAUCUACUACAAGCAGCAGGCAUAUCGUAUGCUGAGCUCGCACCUCAAGCUUCAGAUUGGAUUUGAGAAUCUUCCCGAUGAUCUGGCCUCCCUGAUCCGUCUUCAUGCCAACGAUCUGUUCGAGGGCAAAGCCGGUGCCAUGGUUGACAUUCUGGAGAAGUCUGAGAGAUCGGCAUCGAUUCCGAAGAAGGUGGCGCAGGAAGCCACCGUAAAAAAGCUCUUGAAGGCUUGUAUCUUUGCCACCACUGUUUCUGAACUUGAGCCAGCUGCCUCUGCUUUCGUCGCCGAUGUCUGCAAGCACUUUGCCAUCGUUGAGGUCGGCCGAGCUCUUGCCCAAGCUCGCCACAACCGUAAGCCGUUCGAUGUCGCAAACGGAGAAGGUCCCGUUUACCUCGACUCUCGAGUUUUGGCUGAAGCGAUCGUCGAGUGUCUCUCCUCUGAUAGCGCUCAAGUUCGCGAGGCCGCAGAGCAGGCAAUGUUGGUUGUCAAAGAAGCCGCUGGAGUCAUGUUUGGUGCCCCGGAGAAGGCAUCUAAACUUCCAUUCUUCCAACAUUUGGGCCGUGUCUUCUGUCACAGCUGCCACAGCGAAGAGUGGUUCACUAAAGCCGGUGGAAGCUUGGGUAUCAGGCUCUUAGCUACAAAAAUGGACCUCGGAGUCGCAUGGUUGUAUGAGCGGCAUGUUGAAUUUUCUCGUUCCCUCCUCUACGUCAUCAAAGACACCCCUGCAGACCUUCCUGCCUCUACGCGGGUCCAGGCGCAGGAGACCAUGACAUUGAUCCUUCAGCGCUGCGGCAAAUUGAUUCCUAAGGACGAUCUCAAGAAUGAGAAGAGCCGUUUGUUUUCGCUGUGUGGUCUCUUCGUGUACGAGCUUGGCCACAUGAACAAGCAUGUCCGCGAGACGUCAAAGCUUUGCUUCGCCACUCUAAAGGAUGAAUUGGGUUGCGAGGUGCACGAGCUCAUCCAUCCUGUUCGGGAUCGCCUUCUUCAGUCAAUCUUCAACAAACCUCUGCGCGCUUUGCCUUUUGCCACGCAGAUUGGUUUCAUUGAUGCUAUCACCUACUGCCUGAGCCUGCAGAAUGAGAUUGUUACCUUCAACGAGCCCCUUAAUCGUCUGAUGCUGGAGUCCCUCGCUCUCGCCGAUGCUGAUGAUGACUCGCUUGCCUCCAAGCCGAACGAGUUCAAGAACGCCGACAUGAUUGUGAACCUGCGCGUCGCUUGCUUGCGUCUCCUGUCUAUGGCUAUGAACUUCCCUGAUUUUGCCAAUACUCCACAGAACACUAGCCGCGCGCGAAUCAUCUCGGUCUUCUUCAAGUCUCUCUACUCGCGAGCCCCCGAAGUCAUUGAGGCUGCGAAUGCUGGUUUGAAGGAUGUGUUGACCCAGACGAACAAGCUUCCGAAGGACUUGCUCCAGAACGGUCUGCGCCCGAUCCUGAUGAAUCUGCAGGAUCCCAAGCGUCUAAGCGUUGCUGGCCUGGAUGGUCUGGCUCGCCUCUUGACGCUCUUGACCAACUAUUUCAAGGUCGAGAUUGGUGCCCGCCUUUUAGAUCACAUGAAGGUCAUUGCCGACGACAUGACCUUGCAAAAGGUGUCCUUUAGCCUGGUCGAGCAGAAUCCUGCCAUGAAGAUUGUGGCCGCGAUCUUUAAUAUUUUCCACCUCCUUCCCUCCGCUGCCACAUCGUUUAUGGAGAAUCUCAUCGACAAGGUUCUUGAUCUUGAGAAGAAGUUGCGGAGGACAUCCCAUAGUCCAUUCCGCAAACCUCUUGUCAAGUAUCUCAACCGCUAUCCCAAGGAAAGCUUGGCGUUCUUCCUUGCCCGCUUCAAAGAAGAGAGCUAUGGACGCUUCUUUGGACAGAUUUUGGCCGAUCCCGAGAGUGACGCUCUUCGGAAUGCCGUGGUGGCUGAUACAGAGAACUUUACCUCAACCGCCUUUGGGCUAGACGCUACGGAUGAGAAGAGGAACACUGCUGCGAUCAAUGGUAUUUACAUUGUCCACUCCACCUGCUCAUAUAGCUCCACUAAGCGCUGGCUGGUUUCCCACGCGGAUUUACGGAGUAAGCUCCUGAGCUCCGGCCGAGAGCUGGAGCGCAAGUUGCGAGGCGAUAGCUUGCCACCUGAUGAGCGCCUUCGUGUCGAGCAGGCCGAAGACCAGUUGAUGGAUAUCUUUACCACAUACUUGGCGGAAGCUUCGCAUGACUUGGACUUCCUCUUCGAGGUCAUUGAUGGCUUGUCUGCCGAUGAGUUCAAACGAACACUUGCUCUCCCCAAGUUUAUUUACCACCACAUCAUCGUUAACGAAUCCAUUGACUACCGUCGGUCUGUAAUCAUGCGCUGUCUCGACCUGUAUGGCCAGCGUGCAUGCUCCCAAAAGACCAAGACCUAUGCUUUCCGACACCUGGUCAACCCGAUCUUUGCUAUGGAUGUUCAGACUACGUGGAACAGCCCCGCCAACACUCCGAAGUUGAUGGACAAGAGCAUGACCGAGUCUAUCCAGAGUCGCCUAUGGAAGCCCCAGCUGGCCGACUUGAGCGAGGAGUCGAGCCAAGCUGGAGUCGAUCAUUCCCGCAUGGAGCUGCUGCAGUUGUCCGCUCUAUUGAUCAAGUAUCACCACCAAACUGUGCAGGACUCCCGCAAGGACAUCAUCAAGUUUGCCUGGAACUACAUCCGUCUCGAGGACAUCAUCAACAAGUAUGGUGCCUAUGUGUUGAUCAGUUACUUCAUUGCCCAUUACGAGACGCCUUUUAAGAUUGUGAUCCAAGUUUAUGUUGCCUUGUUGAGAGCGCACCAGAACGAAGGCCGAGCUCUUGUCACACAAGCUCUUGAUGUGCUGGCCCCGGUCCUACCGACGCGGACUGCGGGAAGUCAAGGUGCCGAGGCACGAUACCCGCUUUGGGCUAAGUGGCCGCGGCGUAUCCUGGCCGAGGAGACUGCCAACUUGCAGCAAGUGAUGAGCAUUUUCCAGUUCUUGGUACGACAGCCCGACCUUUUCUACGAAUCACGGGAACACUUUGUGCCUCUCAUCGUCCCUUCCUUAAUCAAGAUUGCCGGUCCACCCAACACCUCCAAUGACAGCAAGAAGCUGGCUCUCAAUCUGAUCGGCUUGAUCUGGCACUGGGAGGAGAAACGCGUGCAUGCGUCAGAAACGAGCCCUACCGUGCCCAAUGGAGCUCUUGAGUCCCCCAAUGCGAAGAAGCGCAAGCUCGAAGAUACCCGGGAGACGGCCUCUGCAUCUCCCUCCCUCGGACCACCUCCCAGUCGAGAACGAUCAGAGUACACGGUACCUCCCGAACUUCGUGGUGCUCUGAUCAAGUACCUCAUCACCUUUAUCACCACCAUUGCUGAGCGCUUUGUGGUCCCAGCUGCCCGACUUCGCGCACUGCCCACCACUAAACAGCCGCCUCCACCACCAGUGCCCACUGGCGAAAUGGUCAACAAGGCUGUCAGUCUUCUUCGGAAUUUGCUUUCGAAAGAAUACUGGGGAGAUCUGGAUAUCGACCUUUAUCAAAAGGUGACCGAGCCUAUUCUGGCUGGUGAGAAGGCCGACAAACCAGAUGAGAAACAGAUCACUCCCAUGGUCAACGCCCUGCAGGUCUUACGCGUUCUCAUUGCGUCCAAGCCCGAUGAGUGGAUUACGGCUCGCCUGGCAACCAUCCAGAAACUCCUUGAGAAGCCUCUCAAGUCCGACAACCCAGAGAUUCAGGAUUGUUUGCAUGGCCUGGAAGACGAUAUGGAUAUCUCACCUAAACUGCCGCCCCCGGUUCGUCGUGUGCUUGAGGCUAUUCCAGAUGACCAACCUGACGAUGAGGAUGCUAUGGAUACGGAAAGCACGCCGUCAGAGUUUGCCACAUACCUGUCCGCCAUCGCCACCGAGACGCUAUCGGCUAGCAACUACACAGCUGCCUUGAAUACCCUGUGGACUUUGUCUAAGCUGAAGCCUGCCGAAAUCGACACGCAUAUUCCUGCUGUCAUGAAGGCUUUCUCCCAGAAGCUUGCCAAGGAACAUGUCGCGGCCUCGACCAAUAACAAUGGUCAGCAGACCCCGCAGGGUCAGAAGCCCGCCGAAGGAGUCCCUGAUGAACAAGAACUCCAGUUGGGCGUCGACCUCAUCUUCAAGACCAUCGAACUCAUCUCGGUUCGGAUGUCUCAUCUUGGUGACCAGCGUCGGCCGUUCCUCAGCGUGCUGGCUUCAAUCGUUGAGCGAUCGCAGGACCCCAAGUUGUGCAGCAAAGUAUUGGGCAUGGCCGAGGAGUGGAUUUUCCAUUCAACAGAGUCAUGGCCAACCCUCAAGGAGAAAACCGCGGUGUUGCACAAGAUGUUGCUCUUUGAGUCUCGCCCUGAUCAGACUAUGCUCAAGAAGUUCCUUGAUCUCGUCAUUCGUAUCUACGAGGACUCCAAGAUUACUCGUACCGAGCUGACCGUCAGGUUGGAGCAUGCUUUCUUGAUUGGCACUCGAGCUCAAGACGUGGAAAUGCGGAACCGAUUCAUGAGCAUCUUUGAUAAGAGUCUGACUCGCCUCGCAAGCUCCCGAUUGAGCUAUGUGCUGACUUGCCAGAAUUGGGAUACUCUUGCUGAUUCAUUCUGGCUGGCCCAAGCCUCUCACCUGAUUCUUGGCUGUGUUGACAUGAACACCACCGCUCGACUUCAUCAAGAUGACUUCACAGUCUUCCCCUUGUCUUUCCUUUUCGCUGGCGGCGAAAAGGACCCGAGGAAGGCCGACAUCAUAGUGGACAGUCAGCUGGAGAACUUUGUCGCCGAACGGAGACGGUUCAUGUCUGACAUCGGCGACGUCCGUGUUCGUGACUUGAUUGAACCGCUUUCCCAGCUCCAGCAUACCGACUCGCAGGUGGCGUACAAGCUGUGGACUACGUUGUUCCCUAUUUAUUGGUCAACCUUGACCAAGGAUGAUCGCAUUGACCUUGAGAAGGGUAUGGUCACCUUGUUGACCAGAGAAUAUCACCAGCGGCAAUUGGACAAGCGGCCGAACGUUGUUCAAGCUCUUCUCGAAGGUGUUGUGCGUGCCAGCCCUCGAUUUAAGGUUCCUCCCCAUGUCAUGAAGUACCUCAGCCGGACCUACGAUGCCUGGUACACAGCUGCAACGUACCUGGAGGAAAGCGCUAUCAAGCCAAUCAUUGACACCCCUACCGUUCGGGAGAGCAACCUGGACGCGUUGGUUGAAGUCUAUGCUGGCCUCCAGGAAGAUGACUUCUUCUAUGGCACAUGGCGCCGUCGUUGCAAGUUUGUCGAAACCAAUGCAGCUCUCUCUUACGAGCAACAGGGCAUGUGGGACAAGUCUCAGCAGCUCUAUGAGAAUGCACAAAUUAAGGCACGCUCUGGUGCGAUGCCUUUCUCGCAGGGUGAAUACUUUGUGUGGGAAGAUCAUUGGUUGAUCUGCGCUCAGAAGCUACAGCAGUGGGAGAUUUUGAGUGAUUUCGCUAAGCACGAGAACUUGAAUGAUCUUCUGCUGGAGGCUGCUUGGAGAAACAUUGAGAACUGGCAGAGCGAAGGUACUCGCGAGCAACUUGAGUCCUUGAUCAAGUCUGUUUCCGACGCCCCCACUCCAAGACGCACCUUCUUCCAAGCUUUCAUGGCGCUUCUUCAAUACCACAUGAAGAAAGAGAACAUGCAAGACUUCAAUAGUGUCUGCGACGAGUCCAUUCAACUCUCUAUUCGUAAAUGGCUUCAACUACCCAAGCGCAUCACCAAUGCCCAUAUUCCCAUCUUGCAGCACUUCCAACUGCUGGUCGAGCUGCACGAUGCCAGCCACAUUUGCGGUAGCUUGGCUCAGACGAACGAGCGGAAUCUGGACACCAAGUCUGCAGAGUUGAAGCUUCUUCUUGGAACCUGGCGGGACCGAUUGCCGAAUCUGUGGGAUGAUAUCAACACUUGGCAGGACCUUGUCACCUGGCGACAGCACAUCUUCCAGCUUAUCAACCAGACGUAUCUCAGUUUACUUCCGCCCCAGACUAAUAACGUGGCUAGCAACUCUUACGCCUAUCGUGGAUACCACGAGACGGCGUGGAUCAUCAACCGCUUUGCCCACGUUGCUCGGAAGCACCAGAUGCCCGAGGUCUGCAUUAACCAGCUCAGCCGUAUCUACACCCUGCCCAACAUCGAGAUCCAGGAGGCAUUCCUUAAGCUUCGGGAGCAGGCUAAGUGCCAUUACCAAAACCCCAAGGAACUCAACAGUGGACUGGAUGUGAUCAACAACACCAACCUGAAUUAUUUCGGACCCCAGCAAAAGGCCGAGUUCUACACUCUAAAGGGCAUGUUCCUUGCAAAGCUCGACCACGUCAAUGAGGCCAACGAGGCUUUCGGAGUUGCUCUCUACUACGACCUCCGACUCGCCAAGGCCUGGUCCGAAUGGGGGCAAUACAGCGAUCAACGAUUCAAGUCUGAUCCGUCAGAUUAUGAGCUGGCCAGCAAUGCCGUCAGCUGUUAUCUGGAAGCAGCCGGUCUCUACAAGAGUGCUAAAUCACGGAAGCUGCUCAGUCGUAUCCUCUGGCUUCUCAGCUUGGACAAUGAUGAAGGACAGAUCGCUGCCGCCUUUGAGAACUUCAAGGGCGACACUCCUGUUUGGUACUGGAUUACCUUUAUCCCUCAACUUCUCACUAGUCUGUCACAUCGUGAAGCUCGUUUAUGCAAGGCUGUGCUGGUGAAGAUUGCCAAGCUCUACCCUCAGGCUCUGUUCUUCCUCCUACGUACGAACCGGGAGGACAUGCUGAGCAUCAAGAAGCAGCAUGACCAGAAGCAAGAAAAGUUAAAUAAGGUCAGACAAGCCCAGCAGCAGCAGGGAUCUUCACCCAACACCAAGCCACCCACUACUGGUGACACAUCCUCCCCUGCCCCGAAGGUACCAGGUGCUGUCCCAGGUCCGAGCGCCUCCCCCGCUGGCCAGGCUGCCAAUCUGCCCACAGCUCAGUCCCCGGCUCAACCGACGCAAAGCCAGUCUCCUGCUCAGCCGGCGAACCCACCGGUCCAGGCCUCGCCCCGCCAGGGACAGGGUCAAAGUCCCAACCCAGGUCAGCCUCAAGGCCAGCCGCAAGGCCAUCUCCAAGUACCGGGCCAGACUGGACCUGUCCCGCCGAACCAAGGUGCCGCUCCUGCGGACUCGACCGAGAAGGAGCCACUCAGAAAGCCUUGGGAGUACUCUGAUGAGAUCAUGUCUGGUUUAAAGACUGCAUUCCCACUACUUGCUCUCUCCAUGGAAACAAUGGUCGAUCAGAUCCACAAAAACUUCAAGUGCCCGCCUGAUGAGGAUGCUUAUCGUCUCAUCGUUGCGCUCCUGAACGAUGGAUUGGCCUACGUGGGACGUAUGCCCGGAUCGUAUGCGCAGGACUUCAAGCUUCCUCCUGCGACCGAGGCCAACAUUACCAGGUUCGCAGAGACUAUCCUCCCAGCGCAUAUCAGAAAGUCCUUCGAGGCCGACUUUGUGGUUAAGAAGCCAACGAUGCACGAGUACAUCCAAAAGCUGCGCCGCUGGCGUGACAAGUUUGAGGAGAAGCUCGACCGUCGACCUCAGUCAGGCUUCCUCGAGAGUUACUCGCCGCAUCUCAGCGAGUUCCGUUUCCUCAAAUUUGAUGAAGUUGAAGUUCCCGGACAAUACCUCCUGCACAAAGACAAGAACCAGGACUUUGUUCGCAUCGAUCGUUUCCUGCCUGAUGUCGAUCUGGUACGGGGUAUUGGUGUCUGUCACCGCCGUCUUAAGAUCCGUGGUCAUGACGGUAGCAUCCAAGCCUUUGCCGUGCAGCACCCUGCUGCGCGCCACUGCCGUCGCGAGGAGCGCAUUCUUCAGCUGUUCCGCAUCUUCAACGGGCUGCUUGCCAAGCGCAAGGAAAGCCGGCGCCGCAAUUUGUACUUCCAUCUUCCUUUGAUGGUACCUCUGGCACCACACAUCCGUCUGGUUCGGGAUGACUCCUCGUAUAUCUCUAUGCAGGGCAUCUAUGAGGAUUACUGCCGACGAGUCGGUAUGAACAAGGAUGAGCCUGUUCUUUUCACUAUGGAUCGUAUGCGCUCUCUGGCGGAGACAAAGCAGAACCGCACGGCCGAUCAACAGCAGGUUCUUCGUACCGAGAUCUUGACCGCAAUUCAAGACAAAUGGGUCCCCAGCACGGUGGUCUUGGAGUACUUCCAAAACACGUACCCCAACUUUGCGGACUUCUGGCUGUUCCGUCGCCAAUUUGCCUACCAGUAUGCUGCGGUGGCCUUCAUGACCUACAUUAUGCACAUUGGCAACCGGUACCCGAACAAGAUCCUUGUGUCGCGCUCGACAGGCGAUAUCUGGGGUGCAGAGUUGAUCCCGACCAUCAACCCUGCCAAGGCAAUCUUCUACAACCCUGAGCAGGUGCCAUUCCGUUUCACUCCGAACAUCCAGACUCUGCUGGGACCCAUUGCUACCGAGGGUCUGUUUGCCUGUGCUAUGAUGGCGAUUGCCCGCUGCUUGACGGAGCCUCGACACGAGCUGGAGCAGCAGCUGAGCGUCUUUGUGCGUGACGAGAUGAUGUUCUGGGCCACUGCCCAGCACCGUGGCAACCUGGCUGUGCCACAACUGCGUGAACUGGUCUACAACAACAGCGAAAUCAUCGUCAACCGCGCCGUUAGUCUCGCCAGUCCACCCGAGGGUAACCUGCCCGCCAACCAGACUACAAUUGACUUGGUUUCUCGGGCGGUCAACCCGCAGCACUUGGCCUCGUGCGACGCGUUGUGGAUGCCGUAUCUCUAAGCGGCAACGUUUCUGCUUUGACUCUUUUCCUCUCUCCCCUCGUCUCGACCAGACUGCAUUUUGAUUUGCAUAGCUAAAAGGGUAUAUUGGGUGGAUUGCUUCCCUCGGUGUGUUUUUGAGCGUGGCGCUUUGGUGGGUGAGAAUGACUGUUCUCUCCUUUUUUUUUACCGGCUUUAUGAUAUUUGAUACCUUUUUUCCUGUAUGAAUCUUACUUUUUUUCAUAUUUUUAUUAUCCUCUACGAAUAGUUCCUAAUCUACUAUGCUUCAUGUAAG